AUGCCUAAGCACAAUUCUGCAACGUUGACAUGUGAUAGUAAAACCAUACAUAUCAUCACAACUACUUUGUACAUCCAGGUGGAUUAUAAUUUGUUUUUUCCAGGACAAAUUGGGCUUUCAUUUGGUGGUAAAUGCGCGCUGUGCGGCGCACUCCCAGCAGAAAGGCAGGUACUCAAAUAUGAGGCCCCACAAAAAAAAGCCCAGUUCUGUGAGGCGGCAUAUUUGUGUUACGUUGGCUUGAAGGGGUUA